AUGGCCAACCAACGCCCAAACCAAGCCGCCAAACUUGACGACUAUUACGAUCUCGGUUCUCAUCACCGGCCCAUAUCCACUGCCAAGGUGGAAGCUCAGCUCUGGUUCGAUCGUGGCCUCAUCUGGAGCUUCGGCUUCAACCACGAAGAGUCCGUCAAGUGCUUUGAGCGCGCCGUUGCUGCUGAUCCAGAUUGCGCCAUCGCCUAUUGGGGCAUCGCAUACUCCCUAGGCCCCAACUAUAACAAGCCAUGGAGCGUGUUUGAUGAGGAGGAGCUCCAACAGACCAUCGAUCGGGCAUGGGAAGUCCUCGAGCUGGCAAGACAGAAGGCAGCUGGGCCUGGGUCAACGUGUACUCCCGCAGAACAUGCUCUCAUCGAUGCUCUUCAGUACCGAUAUCCCAAGAGAGCGGCAAAGCCAAAGAAGGGCUCAGCGUUGGACCACGGCUACGCCCAAGCCAUGGCAAAAGUCUACCGCCAGUUCUCGUCUGACCUGGACGUUGCCGCCCUCUACGCCGACGCCCUGAUGAACCUCACCCCUUGGAGGCUCUGGGAUCAGGUGACGGGGGAACCCGCCAAGGGAGCCCAGACUCUAGAGGCGAAGCGCGUUCUCGAACAGAGUUUGGCCCAGGACCCGUACCACCCAGGCCUGCUCCACCUGUACAUCCAUCUCAUGGAGAUGUCAAGCCACCCCGAGGUAGCACUCCGUCUGGCAGACAACCUGCGCGGUCUUGUCCCGGAUGCCGGCCAUCUCAACCAUAUGCCCACCCAUCUUGAUGUGAUCUGUGGGGACUACAGACGGGCGAUAUCAUCCAACUCGCAGGCCAUUGUAUCUGACGAGAAGUGGGUGAGGAAAGAAGGCCGUGAUGGAGCUCUCAACUUUUACGCUCUUUACCGAUGCCACAACUACCACUUCCGCAUCUACGCCGCCAUGUUUGCCGGCCAGUACAAGGUGGCACUGGAAACCGCCUCGCAACUGGAGGCGGCACUCCCCGAAAGUUUGCUAAGGGUCAAGUCGCCCCCCAUGGCCGACUGGCUCGAAGGCUUCUUGGCCAUGCGCGUGCAUGUUCUAGUCCGAUUCGGGAGAUGGCAGGACAUUGUCGCCCUGGUCCCGCCACAAGACGCAGAGCUCUACUGCACCACCGCUGCCAUGAUCCAUUACGCCAAGGGUGUAGCGCUUGCCAAUACGAACCGCCUCGAAGAAGCCGAACGCCAUCGGGAGCUGUUCUCGGAAGCCGUCAAGAGAGUUCCGCCUUCAAGGACUGUAUUCAACAACACUUGUCGGGAUAUUCUGGCUGUCGCUGCUGCCAUGUUGGAUGGUGAGCUGGAAUUCCGCAAAGGCAAUGUCGAGCUGGGAUAUGAGCGCUUGAGAGAUGCCAUCAAGUUGGAUGAUAACCUACCGUAUGAUGAGCCAUGGGGUUGGAUGCAACCGACCAGGCAUGCUUAUGGCGCUCUCCUUUUGGAGCAAGGACGAGUGGAAGAGGCCGCGGCGGUGUAUCGCGCUGAUCUUGGACUGGAUGAUACCCUUCCGAGGUCACUUCAACAUCGAAAUAAUGUUUGGGCGUUGCAUGGGUAUCAUGAGUGUUUGGUCAGGUUGGGGAGAAAGGAUGAAGCACGACUGCUGCAGAAUCAGUUGGAGUUGGCUGUUGCUUAUGCGGAUGUUCCCAUUCGGUCAUCCUGUUUCCUGUCGAAGUCGUCUUUAGUGUCGAAGGUCAUGAAAGAUGUUUAG